CUGGAAGUGAUCGGGCCGCAGCGUCUCCUGGAUCUCCUGCUCCGUGCCCCGCGGCGUCGGCUGCACCGAGCUGCGGAAGCCGUCCAGCACACCCUUGAAAGUGAACUUCUUCAUCGCGAAUGUUGUGUCGCGCGGAUCCUUUGUCCGGCCGCGGCUACAUCACAGCCGUCCGCUCCGGACAGCGAGCCGGUUUUGGCAGCGGCAGUCGGAGGGAGGUCGCUCGCUCCCGCGCCGCGAGUCCGCUACUGCGCAGGGCCGCCCGGGCCGCCGCCGACGCCGACUCGCGCCCACCGCCACGACGAUCGACGAAAACUAGGCGAGGCACCGCCUCCGGAAUGUACGGCAAUGCGGUCUGCCGGCGGAUCGAUACGGGGAGCGGCACACGAGCGCACUCCGGCCACACGACCUCCACGACCGGCCACUACGAGCACACGACACACGGCCCGCCGCGGACUGGCGACUGGCGAGCGGAGAGCGGAGAGAGCGCCCGAUCGAUCACACCGCACGUGCUACGGAAAGAGAUGA